UUUCUAUAAGUAAUGUCGGUAAAUCGUCUCGUGGAAAAUGAAAAAUGUCAUAGAACGAGUAAACAAUUCAUUUUUUGUUCAUAUUUAGUUCAAGUUUGCCCACUUUUGUCUUAAAAUAUUAAGUGUGCGAAUCUUCGAGAAGGCAAAAAGUAUUCAAAAGUUUCGAAAGAACUGUGUACCAAGUAAAAGGACCAUGGAAUCGUUCCUCUCGGCAUCGAAAGCAGCUCUGACGAACUUAUCUCGCUGCAAAAGAAUACGCAUCGUUUUGGGUAACGGGACCUGCGAUUUAGAUUCCGCCGUAUCUGCUCUGAUCCAAGGAUUCUCCGAAUAUCUAGAUGGAAUAAAAAACAAAGAAGUGGAUUUGACAGUAAUUCCAUUAAUGAAUAUACCGGAGAGAGAAUAUCGCGUGAAAACGGAAGUCGUGUAUUUUUUCAAACGUCACAACAUUUCCUCGAGUUCAUUGACAUUUUGGGAUCAGAUAGAUCUGAAAGCUCUAAAGGAAGAUACCGAAAAGAAUUUAGAAGUUAUACUCGUUGAUCACCACAAUCUCCGGGACGAGGACAUUUUUCUAAAAGACUCUGUAAUCGAGGUUAUCGAUCAUCGACCUCAAGACGUACGGUGGCCUUGGCCCGAUAGAAAAGUUCACCUAGAAAUUGUCGGUAGCUGCGCGACUUUGGUGGCGCAAAAUUUCCUUCGCAAACAUCCGGAAAUGAUGGACUCUUGCUUGUCGAGUCUUUUGCGAGGUCCAAUUUUGAUCGACACUUGUAAUUUAUCGAAGGAGGCAGGUCGCGCCACUUCCAUCGACGUUGAAAUUGUAGAGACUCUCGAGAAAAUCGGGCGUCUGGAUCUUGAUAGACAUCAAGUGUAUAAUGAGAUUUUGGAAGCAAAAUCCGAUAUCAGCGGACUAACUCCUAGCGAUCUCCUAAUUAGAGAUUUGAAAAUCACUGCAGGAGUGCCAAUUGUCGGAAUGCCUAUACUGUUCGAGAAUUUUCUCAAGUUACCAGAUGCGUCUGCAGCCCUUCGACCUUUCGCCGAGUCUAGAAGCACCACGAUCGUCGUUCUGCUGGGAAUGGAGUUUAAACAGGAGACUCAAUUCCGAGAUGUUGCUAUUUUCUCGAUAAACGGCGAUCGACUGAAACAAAAGAUAGUGGACGCGUUGACCACGGCCUCUGAACCGUCCCUUGAGUUGACCUUGACAAGGGAAAUUCACGAAGAGAAUGAAAAAUGGAACUUGCUGAUCUACAAGCAAAGAAAUAUACGCGCUACGCGAAAGCAUGUGUUGCCGAUUGUCAGAGACACGGUAUUAUCGCAGUGUGGAUGCUGA